AAUCGGACAGCACUACUGUUAGUGUUAAACCCGACUUGAAACUUCUGUAGUUAGAAAAUCGGCGUCGUUACCAGAUAUACUAGGGAACAAUUACUAUUUAAUUUUCUAAAACACCCGAGUGGGGUUUAUUUCGACAAACUUUGUACGGUGAUCGUCAGACUGGAGGUAAUAAGAGCAUGCUUUCAAAGCGCGGAGACCGAUAAGUUAGCUGGAUUGUUUAUAUGGCGAUCUUGCAUGUAAGAGUUGAGUUUGCGUGAGUGGCAUGUGUUUGGAGACAUGUCUCAGGCCUCAAGGACCAAGAAACCCGACGUGAAAAUCGUCAUUCUGGGGGACAUGAACGUGGGGAAGACUUCUCUCCUCCACAGAUACACGGAGAGGAGGUUUAAGGACACUAUCAGCACAGUCGGAGGGGCGUUCUUCCUUAAACAGUGGGGACCCUACAACAUUUCCAUAUGGGACACUGCAGGUCGAGAGCAGUUUCAUGGCCUGGGCUCCAUGUACUGCCGUGGCGCAGCUGCAGUUAUCCUCACCUAUGACGUUACCAACUGGCAAAGCCUGGUUGAGCUGGAAAACCGCUUCCUGUCCCUGACCGACACUGCCAACACUGACUGCAUAUUUGCCAUUGUGGGUAACAAAGCAGACCUUACCGACACUCACGCUCAAGAACCAGACACAGAGAGCGCGCAAGGAGACGAACCCCAGCCUGUAGUCACAUGUCCAACUCCUCCCGCCACUCCGCUUCAGCACAAACAGGUCAGCAGAGAGGACGCCAUGGCCCUGUACGGCCGCGUGCUUCGCUACAAAGGCCUGGAGGAGAAGGCUUGUCUGCCCGCUGAGAAGAUGUGCUUUGAGACAAGCGCUAAAACGGGUUACAAUGUGGACGCUUUGUUUGAAACCCUCUUUGAACUGGUUCUGCCCUCCAUCCUGAAGAAAAGGAGCGAGGGAGAGAGCGCCACUGUGGACCUGGAGAUGCCAAUGGAAGCAAAAAGGACUAAAGCAGGAUGUUGUGCCUAGAGCUGGACAAACAUAGGAGAAGUGAGAAUUGUUAUCAAUCCGUGCCAAAGAAGGAAUGGAUCAAAAUCGGACCUAAAACUAGAAUUCAUGUAAACUAUUGCUAUGUACAUCUGUUGUUGUUGUUUGUUUUUUCUCCAGAACAGUAUUAAAAACUUUUUGGGGGAAUUAAAAGAUAGAAGCAAUUGAUAAUCUUGCAGAAUAGCUGAU